GCAGUAUUGUUAGCCUGCCAGACCAAUAACACGCGCUGAUGGACAAACAGUAUUGCCUUUUCACUCCAUGGCACAAUAACAAAGAGAUAAAAUUUUUACAAAAUUAGCACAAAAAUUGACAUUUGGGAAGACAAUGUUGGYCUCUUGAAAAAGAGACACGUCUGAAAUUCUUUGAUUUUUUUUUCACUUWUUAAUUCUGUCCUAAAAAAACAGUUCCAUKCGCAAUUUCAACACAAUUUCAAAUUGAAAAGCCCUGCAAGAUGGCUGGACUUUUGUUCGGUAAAUUUAUAAGUACAAGUUAUAUGCUAAUGUGAAAUGGUGGGCGUCAUUCGUAAACUUGAUCAACAGAGAUCUUAACAGAGGUAUCUAUUCAGUGAAAAGAGCAGACACUGCCUAGUUCUUGGCAUAUAUCGAUCCAYUGGUAAGCUAUCUACCAUCAGCCAUACUCUGUCCACUGAAGCAGUUUCCUUUGUUCCCUAAGGGAAAAGUGCCAUUUCCUUCUCAUAUUACAAAAUCGACUUUGCUCAAGCAAACGUCCUUUCCUCGCUCAAAAAGACAUUCAGUUUUACACGUCAAUUAAGUAGCCUUAAGAAGCUAAACAUAGAAAGAUCCUGCGCACUGAAGGAAUCAUCGAGAAUCAUUGACAGUCCUAAGGAUUUUCUUACAAGAAAGAUUUGAGCGCUUCAUUUUCAAGUGAGCUAGCAAAAAGUGACACAUCACUUUUCGUCGCUCUUAAGGGAACAGCAAACAAACAAGAACUGGCUUGACAACGUAAAGAAAUAACCUUGAAUAUAUCCUGGAAAAGCGUUAAAAUGACAGAUAAAAUCAUCUAUUUGUGCGGGGAAUUCCCAUCAAAUCGAAUGGAAGAUGUGAACUCCAAGUGCUUGAUUCUCGGCAACCUAGCAUCGCUGUAUUCAGUGAGAAGCCAUCCUGUUGUCGAUACUAUCGAUAGCAAUUUUGAUAAAACUGAACUUUACACCACAAUAACACGAUGCCAUGUUUUUAUUUUCAUAUUUAGUAAGGAAACGGUGAACGACACGUUUUACCUUAACCAGUUAGGCAUAGCAAAGGCUUAUGGAGUGCCUGUGAUCGGAGUCCGAGAACCAAGUUAUUUUAUGCCAAAUCCACUGCCGGAACAGUUUUAUUUUACUGAGAUUGUAGAUUAUACUGGUGUUAUCAGAGAUGGACGCAGUGACCGUGGGGUUCAUGGAAGCGCUAAAAAACAACUUUUACUAGCUGACGCUCUGAUUCAUGAUUUUAAGACAGCCAUGGUAUACGCGCCGGAGUUCCACAAGUCCUGUUUUCAACGACUUCUCCACAAAGUGUCUCAAGCUUUUAACAGAAGCGAAAACGAAAAAAAAUUUUAUUCGGGUUUGAAGGAUCAACCGAGAGUUACUCCUUUUAAAGAGCUGUUGAAUGCAACGAAAGAUCAAGCAGCACUGAAAAAUAAGAUCCCAAAAUGUCCGAAAUGCGGUUUUAUUCUCAAUAAACAUCUCUCCAAAACACCAACAUUACAGCGGGCGUCGAGUACAGGGUCAUUGUUAAGGAAGGGAGAUGCUUUUGAAGGGGAGUCACUACAGCAACAAAAACAAUUAUUUCAGAGCAAAAAGGCGACCUUGCAACCAACUACUAUUGUGAUCCCAGCGCCACCGUACUCCGCGAAAACUCAAAUCCUCCGAUCUUCGACUCAGAACAACCCAAUAAUUCGUCCUCAGCCUUAUAAAGUAAACGAACCUUUCAUAGGAAAACUACAAUCAAGACACACUACACUACAAAAAGAAGAUGUUGAUAAGAAAGACAACAAAAAUAUCAUGAAAGGCGAGUCGAAWAAUGACAGCGAAAAGAAAACAGAACAGGACAAUAUAAAAAACAAAUCGCUACGGAAGCAGAGUCGCGUCGGGAAUGGAAACUGGACCGAUAAGCUCAGAAUCAAAUUGCGAAGACAGUCCAGCCUGCCUGUAAUUCCUACAACCUAUCUUGUCACGUCUCCUGCGGCGGGAGAUAAACAAUUAUCAUUUGUCAAAUAUCCCCCUGAGAGCUUUCUGCUUUCCCCGCGCCAGAGUCUUCUACCGAUCUUUUCCGAGGAUGAAGAACAAGAAACUAUCCAUAUUUCUCGUCCCCCUAGUCCAGAUGGUUCGAGUUGGUAAGAAAGUUAAUAUUUUGAGAGUGUGAGAGACUUUGAAUUAGCGAGUUGAAUAUAUUCUUGUUUGAAGUGUCAUUAUAGCAAACCUUGUGUUUGUGAAUAAUUCGUUUGUGUUAAUUUACGCGCAUUGGCUUAUUAUAUAGACAUAUGAUUWUUUAUAGCAGCAAGCGGAAAUCCAUGUAAAUUUAACUUUUUGUUGUAUUUUUCUUUGUUUUGUUUUUGCUUKGUGACAGUCGUUGUUGUUGUUGUCGUWGUUGAUGGUUGUCGUUGGCUUUGAAGAACUUUGUACUUUGUAGCCAAUGAUUUUGAAGAACUAAGCUACAUGGAAAUGAUUAUUGGGAAUUAAGAAUCCGGAGACAUCGGGCGGAAAAACGAUAAACGUUAAAAAACGAUAAGCUCAUACUUAUUUUAAUCACUAUAAACCUUUCCAAAAAUCAUCCUUAUUGAAAAAGUCGUUCUUUGAAUUUUUAUUGAGAAGAAGCCACACUGAAAAUUUUACAUUUGUCCAACUGCUGGUGACUGCAWUAAAAUUAUAACAAAGUUUUCCAGGAAUGACCAGGAACAAAAAAAAUAAUGAGGUCAAUGAGUGAUUGUAUAAUCCAGGAAGGCAAAGAGCACGUACCCCCCAAAAAACAGUGCAAAAAAGCCAUUGAAAGCUAUUUUAAUGUUGUAAUUAUAUGACAAGAAAUGCUAUAUUAGGAUUAAAAGCACAGAUGAUUCUGAUUUUGAUUUUCCUGAACCAAUUAGUCAAACUAG